CUCCAUGUACCGUGCGCCAUUUUGGAAAGCGAGGGAGAGAGAAAAAAAGAAAAAAAAAAUCACGGAUAAUUUCUGUGCUCUUCACGGACCCCGAAGUCUUCACCCCCGGAUUGUGGAUCCUGGACCUGCUUCCUCCCGAGUCGGGUCUUCGCGCGGGGGGGGGGUUUUAUCGGAGUAAAAGCUGCUAAAUGAAGCAAUGGCGGGAGUUGCAGGAGGAAAUGACUUCCAGUGGUGUUUCUCCCAAGUGAAAGGCGCCAUAGAUGAGGAUGUUGCGGAAGCCGACAUAAUCUCCACGGUUGAAUUCAACUUCUCCGGAGAGCUGCUGGCCACGGGAGACAAAGGAGGCCGAGUGGUGAUAUUUCAGCACGAACAGGAGUCCAAAAAUCGCCCGCACCUGCGCGGGGAGUACAACGUUUAUAGCACUUUUCAGAGUCACGAGCCUGAAUUUGACUAUUUGAAAAGUUUAGAAAUCGAGGAGAAAAUCAAUAAAAUUAGAUGGCUUCCCCAACAGAACGCUGCUCACUUUCUACUUUCGACAAACGAUAAAACUAUCAAAUUGUGGAAAAUAAGUGAACGAGAUAAACGAGCGGAAGGCUAUAACCUGAAAUACGAAGACGGCCGCCUCUUAGACCCUUUUAGAAUCACCUCUCUACGGGUACCAGUGCUGAUGCCAAUGGAUCUCAUGGUAGAAGCCAGCCCACGGAGGAUCUUUGCAAAUGCGCACACCUAUCACAUUAAUUCCAUUUCUGUAAAUAGUGACCAUGAAACGUACCUCUCUGCAGAUGACCUAAGAAUAAAUCUAUGGCAUUUGGAAAUCACAGACAGAAGUUUCAAUAUUGUAGACAUCAAGCCCGCCAACAUGGAGGAGCUGACGGAGGUGAUCACGGCCGCAGAGUGCCAUCCUCACCAGUGCAAUGUAUUUGUGUACAGCAGUAGCAAAGGCACCAUUCGCCUGUGUGACAUGCGAGCGGCGGCUCUCUGCGACAGGCACUCCAAGUUCUUCGAGGAGCCCGAGGACCCCAGCAGCCGCUCGUUCUUCUCCGAGAUCAUCUCCUCCAUCUCCGACGUGAAGUUCAGUCACAGCGGGCGCUACAUGAUGACACGUGACUACCUCUCGGUCAAAGUAUGGGACCUCAAUAUGGAGAACAGGCCGGUGGAGACGUAUCAGGUGCAUGAAUAUCUCCGCAGCAAGUUGUGUUCUCUUUAUGAAAACGACUGCAUCUUCGACAAGUUCGAGUGCUGCUGGAACGGCAGCGACAGCGCCAUCAUGACGGGCUCCUACAACAACUUCUUCCGAAUGUUCGACCGCAACACCCGGCGAGACACCACGCUGGAGGCGUCGCGGGAGAGCAGCAAGCCGCGGGCCACCCUCAAGCCCCGCAAGGUGUCGACGGGCGGCAAGCGGAAGAAGGACGAGAUCAGCGUGGACAGCCUGGACUUCAACAAGAAGAUCCUGCACACGGCGUGGCACCCCAAGGAGAACGUCAUCGCCGUGGCCGCCACCAACAACUUGUACAUUUUCCAGGACAAGAUCAACUAGAAGCAGUGAAGAAAUCUCAACGCACGCCUCCUCUUUUUUUUUUUUUUUUUUAGGUCUGUUUUUAUUUGGAGUCCCCGCUUCUUUUUUUUUUUGGGCUCCGCCCCCUUGACCCAGAAAGCCCUAUCUGGGUGGAAUUGACAGAACGGCGCUCCAAAAAAAAAAAAAAAAAGUGUUUGUGUUGACAUUUUUUAGCCUUCCCCGUCGGAAAGUGGUAAGGCCGUUUCAGGGCGGAUUAACGGCCCCGAAAAAAACUGCAACACCCUCACCGGCCAGGAGGAAGCGGCGAAUCUGGAGAGCAGACUCGUUUCUUUUCUUUACCCGCCCCCCACCCCCCCACCCCCCAACCCCCCCUCAUCAAUACAGUGACCUAAUUCCACUGACUGUAUCUACUGGAGUACACCUUGUCAUCCACAUAAUAAAAGAAACUCAAACGACAAGACGUGUUUUUAAAUCUAGAAGUAUUGAAACAGGUUUUAUUGCUUUGCAUGUGUUUAUGUUGUAGAGAGGUGGAACAUGUCCAGUCACACCACUGUCUUCUUUUUUUUUUUUUCUUUGGUUGGGUUUUGCUGAGCAGAUCUCCAGCAAACGUGUUUAUUGAACUACUACAACGGGGCUAUCUGUUCCACAACCACUGGUGUGUGUGUGUGUGUGUGUGUGUGUGUGUGUGUGUGUGUGUGUGUGUGUGUGUGUGUGAGUGUGAGUGUGUGUGAGAUUUGGGCACAAGACGGACAAAGGGAAUCUGCAGCCUUAAUUCCUUCUGUGAGUGACAGCUCCUGAACCUCAUGUGCAUUAUUUGUAAAAUCCUGCUUUCUAGAGGGAGGUCCUCGUGUUGCACACACACACACACACACACACACACACGGCGAGAGGAGUGCCUCCCGGGCGUCACUAAAUUAGGGGAACCACGAAGGUUGAGUGCAAAUAAGAGACUUCAUGUCCAUCGAGUCCUAACAUGAUGGCGAUGUAUUCACUUCUUUAUUAUUUCUGACCAAAGUUCAAUAAAAAUUCAAUUGUGUUCA